CGCUCGCGGUGGGGGUUUUUCUUCUUCUAAAAAAGAAAGCAUGAAUGCUCAAGAUGCACAGGAUGAAGAGGACACCACUGGUGCCUACAAUCUAAGGGGGAGACGUAGCAUCCACAGCUCACAUGAGCAGGAGAGUCUAGGCGUGCCCAGCCCCCGGUGGACCCGUUCCACAGAGGGGCUGGCCGCCCUCAACACAGCUGACCAUGCCGAGCUAGAGCUGCCGGCCCGGAGUGUGCGCUCCUUUCCUGGGGCAGGGGCUCGGCAGUGCGCGCCACGGCCAAAGUCGGCGCGGCCCGGCCGACGCACACCGCCGUGCCCGCCCGGCUGGCGCUUCGCCAAGAAGCCCACGCACCCGGAGCCGACGUGCGCGGAGGAGCUGGACACCCCGUGGACGCACACGGUCUGGUGCCACGACGGGCACCGCUGCGUGCAGUACUGGAAGUUGUCAGCGGAGCGGGACACGCCGACGGGGCCCACCCUCCGCCAGAGGCAGGCACGCGAGAACCCUGCCACUCCCUCGCCGGCACCUCCUCCCAAGCGGGGGCGGGCCGAGGGGCAGUCCCCCUGCGCUGCUCUCCCGCGCAGGGCGGCGGCGUCGGCCCGCAGUGCGCCGUUGCCGCUGCUGUACACCGUCGCGGCUCUGCUGGUCCUGCUGCUGGUCGUCGCCUACUGGAGCUGGACGACGGGCGUGCCGCCGCCGCCGCGCGUAGGCUUCGUCGACGUGCCGCGCCAGACAGCCGACGUGCACCGCUGGGUAGACAAGGUGACCGAGCUGAGUACCCAGUUCCCGUUCCAGCGGGUGCAGCUGUGGAAGGUGCUGCGUGCCGCCGUCAACCGCAUGCUGCUGCUGACGAGCCAGCCGGCCGUGUUCCUGCUGGUGUCGGGGGAGCGGCACCGUGCCGAGGCCGCCUGCCUGCUGCGCGCCGUCGCCGCCGCCGCGCUCAACGCCACCGGCGCUCCUCACGACCAGCCGCUGCAUGUGGACGGCGCCGCGCUGGCGCCGCUGGACGAGCGCGAGGCCAAGGGCCGGCUGGGCGCGCGGCUGGACGCGCUGCGCGCCGGCGACGGCGUGGCCGUCGUGCUGCUCGAGGAGCUGCAGCUGCUGCAGCCGCGUGUCGCCAUGCUACUGCACGGCUUCUGCGACAACGAUAACGCGCCGCGUAAGAACGCCGUGUUCCUGCUGUCGGUAACGACGGCCCAGCCGCCGCCGGCAGCCGAGGCGCAGCUGGAGGAGGCGCUUGAGCGACGGCUCUGGCUGGCCUGGGGCGACGUGCUCGGCGAGGACAUUUUCAACGCGCUGCUCGGCCGCAUCGCUGGGAACGUGGCGUCGGUGGUGGGGGAGGGCGACCAGCUGGCCUGUCGCCGCGCGCGCACCUGACCCGACGCCGACAAGGGGGACCGAUCAGCCGUUCGGAUGCCGCGACCGGCGGCCUGCUGCGGGGAAGGGACGUGGUGGCGACGAUGGCUGGCGGCGCUGGGCUGCCGAGUGUGAUACGACCGUCUGUGAUGGACGGGGCGGCCGGGACUCACGCUGGGACGCGUCGCCCGGCGGCCACGCGCUGUCCCCCGCCCCAUACCGGAAGCCGCCCGGUGCCGGCGCAGCGCCGAGCGAGCUCGCAGUCCGCGGAGUCCGCUGAGGAGGCCGCGCAGCGGUGCCGGCGGCGGACGGAGGGCGUCUUUGCGUCUCCUCCGGGAAAGCGCGGGACGCUGUCCGUCGCCGUGGUGCCUUGUGUGCGCAAUGCGCUCCGCGCGGGAGACUCGCCUCCCGCCAGAUACCGCGGUGCCUCCGCGCCCGGUCCGACCCCGUGUAUGCUGGGAAUCAGUUGACGGAUUGGGGAAGAUGACAAUGUGACUCGCGUGGAACGGUUGUGAACAGGUGGUGUGGGCCCGCUGUUCAUUGGUUUUGCACUCAGCAUUCUAUGCAUCGCGUACAUUGAUGAGUUGUUUCUGCUGUGAUGCACUUGCUCGUUGCGACUGCCGCGACACGCUGUCUUGCUGGUGUCAGAGGCCUCAUGUUUAUCCUCCGUGGCCAGUUUCGUCACAGGUGUCGAGUGUCCGAAAUUGCAGUUUUGGCUCAGUUCUUUUAAAGGAUGAAAUCAAAGGUUUGACGCUGCUGCAGACGAACACGGAAGCAGCACUGAGCAACAUAGGGCAGAGCUGAACGUGCUGUGUUGGGUGGGCAGUAUGUCGCCUCAGUCCAUGCCCCGCGAUCCAAUGUCCAGUAUUGACAUGGUUGUUGCUGUCGUGCAGACACCGCACUUUUCAAACACCCGAAUUCGAACAGAAAUAGUAUAGUACAGUCGUGGCCUGCAUAUGAAAUGUGCCCGUGAGACUCCUUGUUGCUCUAUGCAACCUCAGAUUGAGUUGCCGGCUACGGAGAACUGAAACUGCAUCAGCGCGCACGUCUGCUCUAUUUCGGCACCUGCGGUGCAACGAAGCGUAUGCGUUGAGAUCAUGGUUGUCCAUUUGAAGUAGACAUCACGCUUAGAAUUCGUUACGUGUGCUGUGAGUUAUUGUUUCGACUCCUGCUUCUUCCUGCUGCACAUUUGGCCCAAUUGAAAUGAUCGAGAUUCACCAGUCUCUCGCCACUCAUCGCCCAUUCCAUCCACCGCCUGGACGCUCACGCGGCGUCCUUGCGGCGAGCCGAUCGCGUUCGCUCGAUGAUUUUGUUCGCGAAGUGUGUUGCGGUUGUUGAUGCGGAGAGUAGGUUUGCUUGCAUUCAAUACACACCGGGUGG